AUGAAGCUCGCUUGGAGCCCACAGCUGCCGGGACUGGCGCCACUACCUUUCAGUCGCCGUCCGAACAUUCGAAAUCUGUUCCAAGUCCUGGUUAAGAUUCAGAAACACUUGCUGAAAGAGCUUGACGGAACGCUACCCGUAUCCAUGCUCUCUAGAUUACGUCAAUGCUAUGGCUUCCCACUUUCUGAUGCCAGUGGACUUGCUGCAGAUAUUGGAGGCGCAGUACUUUGGGGGAUGGCUGUAGUCGGAGCCGUCAUCGUAGCUGCUGGAUAA